AUGAACGGACAGCCAAUACCUGGUUAUUAUUUCGAUGAAGAGAAGAAGAAAUACUUCAAAAUCCAGUCUCGGACUGCAUCACAAGGAGGUGACUUCAAGUACUCUGUCGACAAUAUAAAAAAGCUUGAGCGGAAAGAGCGUAUACAGAACAUCACAAUCGCUCGUUCCAACAAGGUGCGCAAGGAGCGAGUCGUUAGACGUAACCCAAACAGCUUUGUCCUCACCCAUGUUGAGAGAGAAAUUGGCAUCAAGAGGAGUUUAGCCUACAUCCAGCAUCUCUGGCCAGAUGCUUGCGCUUUUGGUAUCGAAAGUCAGCCCCAGCAAGUCAUCACUACCACACCAAGUCAACCUUUCAUACGACUAUUCGAUAGGGACCCAGUGUCUCGCACAAUCUACGCUGUGCAUGGAUCGAACAGCAUCAAGCAGCAGAAGAUCCAGUCUAACAAGAUCCGAGAGCUUGAAGAGUCUAAUGAAGAACAUGAUCUUGCACUCGAUAACCCAUACGCAUUUUACCCAUGGGAUGAAAUAGCUCGCACGACAUCGAUUGUGUCAUCUUUGCGCUAUCUUCCGGCAACGGGUGCGCUUGCAGUGACUACUCUUGGCUCCGAUAGACCUCCGGAGCUGUGGCUCAGCGAUCCAGAUCGCGAUGAACCUAAUUGUGCGACAAUUUGGGAUGUGGCAGCGAGACCAACGACCUUCUCGCCUUUACCUGGCCUUGUCAACAGCGUAGCAGCUAGUCAUGUCGAACAUCUUGCAACGGCAGCUUCCCACUCAAUGUUGUUAUCAACACGCUCACAAACAGGAGCAUGGGACACGACAGUUCCUGUCAAAGACCUUCCUUCCGAGGUUAUAGCACUGGAAUGGAUUUCAUACACCACUGUCGUGCUAGGAUGUCGAAAUGGUAGUAUCCGUCUCUACGACACUCGAUCAGGAGGCUCAAGUCAGGUUCUCACACAUCCCGGCCCCAUUUCCAAGCUCAAGCGUGCCGACGACGAAACACGGUUGAUUUGCUCCGGACUUGACGAUACCCUUUUUCUCUACGACAUCCGCUCGCCGCGCCUAUCACGAAAUGCGUCCAGGAAAACAUUCAAUUAUGAGAACCAUCACUACAACGAGCAGUAUUUCAGGUCACUGUACCCAAAUAAUCGCGAUACCGCUAAGAGACGGAAACUCAACCACAAGGCAUUUAAGAACUGGUCUCAGCCUAUGCUCACAUUUGUGCAUGCAAACAGAGAUGAGUUGGACCUUGAUAUCGAUGUGCAUCCGCGACUGGGACUCUUGGCUGCAGCUCAGGAUUUGUCGACGGAUGCGGCUAUUCGGAUUAGCAACAUCUGGACUGGCAGGACUGUGAAGGAGAUCCAUAAUCAGAGCAAGCGUUCAGGAAAAACGUGUGGAAGAGAAACAAUACGGACUCUGAAGUUCGUUGAUCGCGACGAUGAACUUGGAGGGGCAAUCUUUAUGGCAUAUGAUAUCAUUUCGGACAUAGGCUUUGGCGCCCCCAUCGGUUUGAUUGAGCGCGGUUCACACAUUGACAGUUUAAUCCAUGAACUGCUUACCUUUGACCCUUUACAGACUUGGCGAAAAAAACGUGGCUCGGUGGAAAGUAUCUCGUGGCGAAACCAGAAGACGAUUCUUACCGGGAAGCUCGAAAGUGUGGAUUUACUGCAAAAGUUCCUGAACGCGAGGGUGGAAGACUGGAUCAAAACUGAGAUUCUCCUUGUGCUGCUCGCGGGGGCCGAUACGACGGGUACAACGCUCCAAGCAAUGGUCGCCCACCUCAUUUCUAAUUUCAUAUUGUUUACCAGGUUGAUGCAAGAGCGUCAGUGA